AUGGGAGGCGACCUUAACGUGAAGAAGAGCUGGCAUCCAGUGCUGCUCAAGAACCAGGAGCGAGUAUGGGUCGAGCAGAAGAAAGCGCUCGAGGAGCGCAAGCGGAUCGACCAGAUGAUGAAAGAGCGCCAGGAAGAGAGGCAGAUACAAGAGCUACAGGAGAUGCAGGAGGCCGCUGGUGGCAAGAAACGACUAAACCGAGUCGACUGGAUGUACUCUGGCCCAGCUGCGGGACAGACUGGCACGACAGAGGAGAUGGAAGGAUACCUCCUAGGCAGAAGGCGAAUCGACGGACUGCUCAAGGGGUCAGAGAACUCGAAGCUGGAGAAGGCUGCGCCCGAGGAAUCGUUUAUGCUGGCUCAGAAUGCGAAUACUGCGCGGGAUACAGCGGCGAAGAUCAGGGAGGACCCCAUGUUGGCCAUCAAGAAACAAGAACAGGCUGCAUAUGAGGCUAUGAUGAAUGACCCAGCUCGGCGGAGGGCGUUGCUGAAGGCUGCCGGAAUGGACGAGGACAGGUCAACGGCUCAUACGGAGAAGGAGAGAAGACAUCGACGACACCGACACAGAGACGAGCGAGAUCGUGACCGUGACCGUGACCGUGACCGGGACAGGGACAGGGAUCGUGAUCGAGACGAGGAGAGACGGUCGAGUCGUCGGUCGAGGAGACAUCAUGAUGAAGAUGACCGUCGGAGCAGACAUCAUCGCAGGGAUCGUUCGCGUAGCGCCUCCCACAGCCGUUCACCACCACCAUCAUCGUCACGAAGGUCAUACCGUUCACCUUCACCUCAUCGGCGAAAGCGGUCCUUUUCACCACGUCAAAGGGAUAGAGACAGGGACAGGUCGCGAUCCCCGUAUAGACGCCGUGAAGAAGAAGAGUCCUCAAGGAGACAUACUAGCAGUUAUCGAAGUCACCGGUCUACUGGCCCGCGCCGGCCCAAGCCAGAGAUCCAUCAAAGCCGUCCUCCCCAGCCAUCGUCUGCUGAUCUAGAACGAGAGCGCGCAGCACGCCUUGCAGCCAUGCAGCAAAACGCAAACGAGCUCGAUGAAGAGCGCACGCGACGUAUCAACGCAGCAGAGGAACGCGAGAAGGCAGAGAGAGAGGCAGAAGAGGCCGCUAGAGCAGAGUCGAGCAAAUACGGCGGACGGGGGGCCUUUGUCAACAAUAUUCACCGAAAGGCGGGAGACAUCGAUCUAGCAGAUCGACUGCAGCGAGGCAAGAAGAACCUCGAAAAGGAACAGGAAGCUUACUGA